AUGGACUGGUCGCUUUUGGAAGUAAAUCUAGCUCAAGCUCCCGAGCAUUACCAUGUCUCUUUCAAUGACGAGGGACACCUUCAAUGGCCAUUUAUGAUCCAGUACCCUCAGGUAGGACAAGUCGAUGUCUUGACAGACUGCGAUGAAACUACCGAAAUUGGCUCCGUACUGCGACCUAUGUUGGAAUCUCCCGCCGAUUGGGAUAAAGAUCAUGACUACAGGAUAGACAAUAUUCGUCUGUUUGUCUCUGAUGAGUUCAAUGAAUAUGCUAUGGAAGUAUUUGAAUGGUCAACUUUUGGCUCAAUAUUGACUUUGCCUGGUUUUCAAAUCGUUCAAGGUUUACCUGUGGUCAUGAUCUACACACGCGACGAGGUUGACCAAAAGUUCACUUCAAUUGAGGACAAUAAAUUCUUGAUAGAUUGA